CGGGGUGGGGGGGGAGAUGACGCCGCCUUGCCGCCGCCGGCCUCCCGUUCCUUUUUGGUCAGGGCUCUCGUGCCGCCCCUCCCCUGCCCGCCUCCCUCUAUCUUCCCCACAGAGCCAGAGAAAAGGGCGGGGCCCCAUUAGCCAAGGAAGAGGCGGCGGCGGAGGUUGCCGGAGACCGGGCUAUGGCGACGCUAACUGUCCCUCUGCAGCAGGGGACUGGCGGGACCCUGUUGACCCUUGCAACGGUCCCCGCGCUUCUGCUGUUGCUGCCGGGCGUGGCGGGGGCAUCAUGUUGUUAUCUUGCAAAGGAUAACUUAAUGUGUCGUGAUGUUUGUGAACAGAUUUUGACAUCUAAGAGUGAUUCUCAUUUGAAACACCUGUUACAACGUGCACCUGAAUAUUGUCCAGAAUCAAUGGGAGAAGUUUGGGACUGUAUAAAUUCUUCUUUGCCAGGUGUUUUGAGGAAAUCUGAUGGCUGGGUUGGUUUAGGUUGCUGUGAAUUAGCUAUUGUUGUAGAAUGUCGACAAGCAUGUAAACAGGCAUCUUCAAAAAAUGAUAUUUUGAAAAUUUGCAGGAAAGAAUAUGAGAAUGCACUUUUUAGUUGCAUUAACAGAAAUGAAAUGGGAUCAGUUUGUUGCAGUUAUGCUGGUCAUCACACAAACUGCCGGGAGUAUUGCCAAGCAAUCUUUCGAACAGAUUCUUCUCCGGGCCCUUCCCAAAUCAAAGCUGUUGAAAGUUACUGUGCCUCUGUAAGCCCACCAUUAAUUCAUUGUGUGAAUAACUACACACAGUCCUAUCCAAUGAGAAAUUCAACAGAUAGUUUAUACUGCUGUGAUAGAGCAGAAGAUUAUGCCUGCCAAACAGCUUGUAAAAGGAUUCUGAUGUCAAUGAAAACAGAACUUGAAAUUGUGGAUGGACUUAUUGAAAGCUGUAAAACAAUGCCUCUGCCACAGGAUCCUCUAUGGCAAUGCUUCCUUGAGAGCUCAAGAACUGUUCAUCCUGGAGUCACUCUGCACCCUCCACCUUCAACAGGCGUGGAUGGUGCUAAAUUACACUGCUGUUCCAAAGCAAAUACUUCCACAUGUAGAGAUUUAUGCACUAAACUUUAUAGCAGCAGCUGGGGCAAUACACAGAGCUGGCAAGAAUUUGAUCGCUUUUGUGAGUAUAACCCAGUUGAAGUUUCCAUGUUGACCUGUUUAGCAGAUGUACGUGAACCUUGUCAGCUGGGCUGUAGAAAUCUUACUUACUGCACUAAUUUUAAUAACAGGCCAACUGAACUCUUCAGGAGCUGCAAUGCCCAAUCAGACCAAGGAGCCAUGAAUGAUAUGAAACUUUGGGAGAAAGGGAGUAUUAAGAUGCCAUUUAUAAAUAUUCCUGUUCUUGAUAUUAAAAAAUGCCAGCCUGAAACGUGGAAGGCAAUUGCUUGUUCACUGCAGAUUAAACCAUGUCACAGUAAAUCUAGAGGAAGCAUUAUUUGCAAAUCAGAUUGUGUGGAAAUUCUCAAGAAAUGUGGAGAUUUAAGCAAAUUUCCUGAGGGACACAUGGCUGAAAGCAUUUGCGAACUUUUAUCUCCAACAGACGACUUGCAGACUUGCAUACCUUUAGAUACAUAUCUUCGUCCAAGCACUUUAGGGAACAUUGUGGAGGAUGUCACACACCCCUGUAAUCCAAAUCCUUGUGCUGCCAAUCAGUUGUGUGAAGUAAAUAGAAAAGGGUGCCAGGCUGGGGAACCCUGCCUUCCGUAUUUCUGCACACAGGGCUGCAAGUUGGGUGAAGCUUCUGAUUUUAUUGUCCGCCAAGGUACAUUCAUCCAGGUUCCAUCCUCUGGAGGAGACGUUGGUUGCUAUAAAAUUUGCACAUGUGGCCAAAGUGGACUGCUAGAAAAUUGUAUGGAACUGCAUUGUGUUGACCUCCAAAAGUCAUGUGUUGUUGGAGAGCAAAUAAAAAGCCAUGGAACAACAUUCAAUAUAGAUUGCAAUAUCUGUUCUUGUUUUGCUGGGAAUCUGAUAUGCUCCACUCGUCAGUGUCUAAAUGAAUACAGCUCAGAUGAUGAGCGGAUUACAGGUCUGCCAUGUAACUGUAAGGAUGAGUUUGUCCCAGUGUGUGGGCAGAAUGGCCGUACCUAUCCAAGUGUAUGUAUAGCACGUUGUGUUGAGCUUCAGGACAAUCAGUUUGAAUUUGGAUCCUGCAUAACCAAGGAUCCUUGCAACCCAAAUCCCUGCCUAAAAAAUCAGAGAUGUGUACCAAAACUACAGGUCUGCUUAACCAGUUUUGAGACAUUUGGAUGUAAUCAAUAUGAAUGUGUGUCCAGACAAUUCAGUUGUGGUGACCAGUUGCGAGAUCCUGUUUGUGACACAGACAAUAUAGAAUAUAGCAAUCUGUGUGCUCUGCACCAAAAGGGAAAGAGUAUAUCAUACAAAGGUCCAUGCCAGUCAUUUUGCAAAUCAGUAGAUUUGGUAUGUGGCCAUAAUGGUGAAACCUACAGCAAUGUAUGUGCUGCCUAUUCUGAUCGUGUGGCUGUAGAUUACCGUGGAUCUUGUCAAGCUGUAGGUGUCCUUUCUGACAACAAUUACCAAAGAGAAUGUGCAUCUGUCACAUGUCCUCAUCUUGCAGCAACUGGAUACAAGCCAGUUAUUCCUCCAGGAGCUUGCUGCUCUCUGUAUGCUGGAAUAUUGAGGGUCUUGUAUGAUAAAGAAAAGCUGGAUACCUUUGCCAGGAUAACCAACAAAAGGCCAAUCACUGUACUUGAAAUACUUCAAAAAAUCCGCCUCCAUGUUUCUGUCCCACAGUGUGAUGUGUUUGGGUACUUCAGCAUAGAAUCUGAAAUUGUGAUCCUUAUCAUACCUGUUGAUCAAAAUCCCAAGCCUCUUCAGAUUGAAGCCUGCAAUAAAGAAGCAGAAAAGAUAGAAUCACUGAUUAACUCGGACAGUCCUGCUCUAGCAUCCCAUGUGCCACUUUCAGCACUUAUAGCAGCCCAGGUGGAAGUUUCAACCAAGAUGUCAUCUUCUUGUAGUCAGGUUAUGCCAUCACAGCAAAUACUGUUCUGGAGCCUUGUGCUUACUUUCUCAGCCACAAUAUGUAAUACAUAGUGGCAAUGAAAAGCAUAAUUGUUCAAGUGAGAUCUUGUAUUUGAUUUGCGAAAGACAUUCAGAACUUAUAAUGUAUUAAAUAAUGUAACAUAUGUUUAUACCUGAGAGCAAACUAUAUCACCAAAGUGAUUACUCCACCCAAUGCUAGCAACAGUGUACAAUUUACUCUGGAGACUGGUCCAUCCCCACCCCACUCCCAAAGUUGAAGGCAGUAUAUUAAAGCCAUCGAUAUGCCUGUUGCACACUCAUUUUUUUCCCAUCUUCUGUCAUCUUUGGUCAAACAGGUUGGGAGGUUUUUGGAACUGCUUCAGAAAUUAGCAAAACUUGCUGACUGAACAUGGUAGCAAGAGAAAAGAAAUUAACAUAUAGACAAUUAUAGGACUAGUAUACAACUUUUGACUCCCCAAAGGAAAAAGUGUCCUCUUUCUGGAGCCUUAAACUGCAGCCCAACAUGAGUCAGUAGGAUUUAAGCAGCUUUGCUGUGCAUGGUUAUUGGGAAAUAGGUUACACUAAGGUCAGUGGUGCUUACAAUUUAGUGCCCAUCGGUUUUCCCCAGGUAGCAUGUGUUGAAGGAAAAACUUUCCAGACCAAAGACUGUGCUCUAAAGGACAGAGGUUUAUUGGUCAAUAAUACAGAUAUGCCAGUGGUGCCAGUGGGAGAGGAAGUUCUCUCGAACUUCACUCUGCCGAUCAAAUGAAAUGCAUAGCUUUUAUAAUAAUUGAUAUGUCAUACAUACAUUGCACCUUAUGACCCCCUUGUGCCAAUCCACACCCUGGUAUCCUCCCCUAAGGGCAGGCUUUGGCCUACGCAUCUUAAACUAUUUUCAUCUAUACCAAGAAAAGAGGAAGGUCUUCUACGCCGUUCUGACCCAUGUUUCGACAUCUCAUAAGAUACAGGACAAGGCAAACAAAAACAGCUCAGGAUAAACUUCAAACCUUGACUCAAUAUAUAAUUAACGUAUAUAGCUUCUCCUAAGAAAACAUUCUUGUGUAUCAGUUCCUCUUUUUACUACCGUGUUACCCUGCCAAUGGACUCAGGAAACAUGCUAACCACAAACCACAGCCUCUUCUCACAAACUGUUAGGAGAGUAUCUAAAUGCAUAUUCUUCCCCUUUUAUAAGCAACACUUCAAACAAUAUAUUUUAACAACCCCUGCAAACCAUAUAAACUCAAGAGAUGACUUUUUUGAGAGUAUAAAAAUCAGAAUUUCUUCCACACAUGCCAUCACGUGGGUAAUAGCGCCAUCUAGCGUCCAAAGGCAAGAAUGUAUUGAAGUCAAGACCUGGGACAUCAAGCCCCUCCCACUCCUUCGUCUGAGGCUGUUAUCUUCUAAACUAGUGUAGAGUAGUGUUUUUAUUCUAAGUGUGUGUGAAAGUGUGUGUGUGAGACUUGUUGGGACUGGGGUUUUGAGUUUUUGUUUCCCCUCCCUUUUUUUACUCUGGGGGUGCUUGUUUUUGUCAAUUGUUCCCCCCCCCAUUUUUCCUCACUCUGUUCUCUCAGGGACAGAGGAGACUGCUACUGCCAUCUCUGCUUUUGCAGCAGCGAGGCUGUCAAUUGUUUUUCCCUAUUUUUGCUCACUUUGUUCCCUUUGUUUUUCAGCAGUGGAGCUCCCCUUCUGUCCUGGGGCGAGUCAGAUACUCGUGGCGGCAGUUUCAACCCCCCCAGCACUGUGGUUCACUACUGCGGCUGCUUGGAGCCUCCUGGCUCGGGAGUAGAGCUCGUGGAGGUGGCUCUCUCUCUGCAGCUUCCAGCCGCUUGGGGCUUGCAGGCUUGGCAGUAGAGCUCACGGAGGCGGCUCUGUUUUUGGAGGCAGCUCUCUCCGCAGCAGCUACUUUCUUCGCGGCUCGCUACUGUGGCCACUCAGAGCUUGCCGGCUCCGGAGUACAGCUCGCGGGUGCGGUUCUUUUUCUGCUUUUUUUUCCGCAGUGGCGGCCGUCAGGAGCUCGCCAGCUGCUGAGACAGAGCUUGCAGAGGUGGCUCUCUUAGGAGCUCGUGGCAGUGGCUCCCUUUCUUUUUGGCUGGGUAGUUGGAGGUUGCUGCUCCCCCUCCCAGGCAGUUUCCUUUUACCUGUGACAGCCCCAGUGCUCCUUGUGGGGCAGAGCACUGACUCUCUAGGCGGGCGCCAUUUUCUUUUGGAAUUUCCCACCUUUUUUCAGCGGCAUUCUAGGCAGGCUCCAUUUUGUUUAUCUUUCUCCUGCCCUUUUUGUUGCGUAGAAAGUAACGGGAGGCACAGCAUAUUGAGAGGUUCUGCAUAUAUAAGUGCACUUUUCUUGCUGUGUGUGUGUGCACUUGGGGUUAUACCACUCCCCCCAUCUGUGCCCCUCUCCACACCGCACCCCCCACCUUUGUGCGUGUGUUGGUGUCAGAUACCACACCCCCACCUUUGUGCGUGUAUAUGAUGGCAGAUCAACAGCCAGAGGCAGCUCAUGCAAUGGGCAAAACAGCCGUGCAAGGCUCCAUCACAUCACAAGUCUACUAAACACAAGCAACCCAGACUCCACUCCAAGGCUGUCGCUAAAACCAAACACUUAUCUAGCCACAGCGCUGCCAAGCGAGCACGAUAUGUGUCUGUCCCAGAUUCAGAGGAUGCUGGCCAACAGAGAUUGACAGCCCUCUUUCAUUUGCCAGCUGGGUCCUCUGAGGACGACUUUGGGGGGGGGGUUCCUAGCCAACCAAUGUUGGAUGGUUUGUCUCAACCCAUGUCAAUGACUAGAGCUCAUACGUCUCACCAGUCUGAUGAGACCCCUGCAAUUCUGCCUCAACAAGGGCAACCACCUCUCCUCCGCCAUGUGCAGCCAGUUCCCUCAGAUCCUCAGAUGGCCGCUGUUGCACCUCUACUGGGGUUGCAGUUGUCUCCGGAAUUUCUUUCACAGUUGCAGGACAUACUGGGCUUCUUCUCACAAGCAUUGUCAUGGUCACAGGCAAAUCCAUUGCUUCAGCAGAGUGCGCAGCGACAAUCUGGCUCUAUGGGUCAUUGCAGCUACAAUGAUGUAGCUCCACCACUCUCACCAAACCCAUUAGAUGUUGCUAGAGGCAGGAUUGGCAAUUAGAUUACCAGUUUGGAGGAUCCUUCGUAUUCUCUUCAAGCCGGGGGAGAUGACUGGAGUGGUGAUUCAGAACUGGAGGAGAAUUUGUCCUAUCGCCUUUUUGAUUUGGCCGACUAUCUUCCCCUUGCUCAUAGAGUUCUGGACACCUUAGGCCUCCAACCUUUACAAACUGAAUCUACCACUUCUCCUGUGAAGGGGGCCAAGGUUUUCAAAUCUCCCAGAUCGGCAGAUCACUACCUUCCUGUGCCAGACCCCAUCGACAAACUGGCCAAGGAAGCACGGGCUCACCCACUGCAAGCUCCAGAGUUCAUGAAUCACCUGAACGUCCCAGGGGUAGAUGAGCCGAUUUCUAGUUUGGUCUCGAGGUCCCUCCUGCCGAAAGAAGGGGACUCACAACUUAAGGAUCCUUCUGAGUGACAGCUAGACUACGUUUUGUGUAAAAAUCAUGAGGCUACCGCCUUUGCUAUUCGGGCCUCUGUUGCAGCUUCCAUCUUUUCAAGAGCUUCUAUGAUGUGGCUGGACGUACUCUUAGAUGACCCUAACCCCGAUCCGGUCAGACUCAGAAAGGGCCUGGUGAAGUUACAGAAGGCUGCAGCGUUUGUGGCUGAUGCCACCUUAGAUGCAACUCAGCUGGGAGUACGGGCCCUAGCUGCACAGGUGGUGGCUCGGUGUACACUUUGGCUCAGACACUGGGAUGCAGAUUCUAUGGCCAGGGUCAACUUGUUGAGGAUCCCUUUCUCUGGGUUGUUACUUUUUGGAGAGGAAGCCCUCAAAGCGGUCUUGGUAGACCGCAAAGAUAAUCGAAAGCCAGUAUUGGCCACAUCCAAAAAGGGUGGUCGCAGGCUGUUCAUUUGCUUCGCUCCAUAUUGCUUGUUUCAGCCCUUUCGAGGUGCACGGCCUGGGGGAUGGGCCACGAUUCUCGAUCUACUGAGCUAUCUCCCCUGCUCACAGAAUGUUCCUAUGCUUUGCCUUUGGCCCCCAUCACUUUCAAUACUGGGCAAUGCCAUUCGGACUCUUGUUGGCCCCGAGAGUACUCACCAAAGUGUCGCUGACCUUGGUGGCUUACCUCUGUCUCCAGGGUGUGCAUAUCUAUCCCUAUUUGGACAAUUUGCUGAUUCGUGCGGGAUCCAGGGACCAGGCCCGCUAUCACGUUUACCAUACCCUCAAGGUUUUGCGCACCCAUGGCUGGCUAGUCAACAUCGACAAAAGUGAACUACAGCCAACUCAGUGACUGCAGCAUCUGGGAGCGAUAUUAGACACCACACAGGCCAUGGUCUUCCUGUCACCAGACCACAUUGUAGCCAUCAGAAAUACGGCACUGCUCCUGUCACGUUGCUCGAGGGCGGAUGUAAUGCUUCUGUCAAAGGCUCUGGGGAUGUUUGUUUCCACCAUUCACAUUGUACCAUGGGCUCGGUAUCAUACUCAACCCCUCCAGUGGGCCUUAUUGCCUUUCCAGCGGGACAUUGCCAUUUCCAACCACUAUGUAAUCCACCUGGAUUACCCGCACUGUGUCUUUCCUUCCGAUGGUGGGCGACGUCUCGAAACCUCAGCAAGGGAACUCUGUUCCGAAAACCAGGUACGACUGUAAUAACUUCAGAUGCCAGCCUGUGGGGCCCACUGCAAUUUCCACUUUGUUCAGGGUGUCGGCUCGGAGGAGGGUCGGUGCAUCAACUAGCUGGAACUGAGAGCUGUCUACCUGGCCCUUCGACAUUUUCAGCCUGUAUUCCUUUUGGACCAUGUAUUGAUUUGGACAGACAACACCUGCGUGAAAUCACACUUGAACAGGCAAGGGGGAACCAGGUCACAUUCCCUCCAGAUGGAAAUGUCCCAACUCUUCAACUGGGCCGAAAUGCAUCUGAAGCCACUGAGGGCAGAACAUCUCAGUGGAGUUUUGAAUGUGACGGCCGACUGGCUCAGCAGACAACAGGUGAUUCCGAGAGAAUGGAAACUGCACCUGGUGGUGUUUGGCCUUCUCCAACAUCGGUUCAGCAUCCUCUUGGUGGAUCUAUUCACUUCCAGUCACAAUUGCCAGCUGCCCCAGUACUUCUCAAGGUAUCUGGAAACCACAGCGGAAUCUGUUGAUGCACUGUUGACACUGUGGCCGGACAGCCUGCUGUACGCCUUUUCCCCGAUACCACUACUGGGCAGGAUGCUGAGAAAGCUGCAAUGCGAAAGGGCCAGACUGGUCCUCAUAGCCCCGUACUGGCCUCGCCGGCUGUGGUUCUCGGACCUGCUCUCUCUGUCAGUAACAGAUCCUUGGAGGCUGCCAGUCAGGCCAGAUCUUUUGUCACAGGGUCCGAUAUGGCACCCGGACCCUGAAUGGCUCAGUCUGACAGCUUGGCAUUUGAACAAGAACAGUUGAUUCAUGCAGGACUCUCUCAGGAGGUUGUUGAUACAAUCCUGGCAUCUAGAAGGCCAUCUACGACUUGCAUCUACCAGAGUACUUGGUUUACCUUUUCCAAAUGGUGUGCGGCCCAUGACGUCCAACCCUCUCAAGCUACUGUGCAACAGGUGUUGCAGUUUCUACAUAGAGGUCUGAAGAUGGGACUUAAAGCAAACACCUUGCGUUGCCAUGCCUCCUCCAUUUCCUCUAUUCUCUCUGUUUCUUCUCCUGGCAUUUCUAUGGGCUCCCACCAGCUUAUCAAAUGCUUUUUGAAGUGAGCUGCUCUACUGUCGCCGGCAGUAUGUCACAGUUUUCCUUCAUGGAGUUUAUCAAAGGUCCUGAAACCCUGCAGUGUCCUCCAUUUGAGCCCCUUAGGUCAGUGCCAUUAUGAUUGUUGUCCUUCAAGGUCCUGUUCCUGGUGGCAGUCACCUUGGCAAGAAGAGUUUCAGAGUUGGGUGCAUUGUCUUCGGCCCACCAUCUCUUUAUCUUCCAUAAGGACUCAGUGGUAUUGCAUCCAGACCCGUCCUUUCGCCCCAAAGUCAAUUCAGCUUUUCACUGCAACCAGGACAUUGUUCUCCCUUCGUACUGUCCAAACCCUGUCCAUCCACUGGAGAAGGCCUGGCACUCGCUAGAUGACCGGAGGACCCUCAAGACCUACCUGUCUCAAACCCAGGACAUGAGAUUAACGGAUUCAUUGUUUGUAUCCUUUCACCCAUGAAUUCUGGGAAAAAAGGUUGCUAGCUCAACUUUUUCUUAUUGGCUGCACACCUGCAUUGCAUUGGCCUAUGAGUCGCUUAAGCUUCCAGUGCCUAGUAAGAUAACGGUGCACUCGAUUAGGUCAGCAGCCACUAUGGCUCCUUUCUCAACCAACAUACCUCUUGCAGAUAUUUGCAGAGCGGCUGUGUGGUCUUCUCCAGAUUCUUUUAUAAAACAUUAUUAGACCGUUACGCCUCUGCCGAUGCCUCUUUUGGGAGGUGUGUUCUGCAACAGGUUCUUUCUGACAAGUAAUCAGUGGGUGGUCCCUCCUUGUUGGGGGCUGCUACCUGAUGGCAUGCUACCUGGGGAAAACGGACCAUUGGUCUCACCUGAAGGAUGGUUCUCCCAGGUAUCAUGCCAUCACGACCCUCCCUGUUGGAAGAUGUCUGUGUAUUUUGUACCACCUUUCAAAUUAUUACUGUUCAGAGUUGUGCUGUUUUUGCACUGUGUAGUACAGUCAAGACCUUUCUAGAUCUGUUAAAAAUGAAUGUAUUUCUGUGUUGUUAUUUGGGACAGUGUCUCUAUUUUCCUUGCUGGUAGGCCUGUUGGCCUUUUGUACUUUCUCAGAUAUCUCACUUUGGCCUCAUUGCAAAUGAACUGGAGUGGGAGGGGCUUGAUGCCCCCGGUCUUGACUUCAAUACAUUCUUGCCUUUGGACGCUAGAUGGCACUAUUACCCAUGUGAUGGUAUGAUACUUGGGAAAACCACCCUUCAGGUGAGACCAAUGGUCCGAUUACAGUUUUGGUAGCUUUGCCUUAUCCUUGCAUACUUUAAAACAGGGAUAGGGAGCCUGUGGCCCUCCAGAUUUUGCUGACCUAUAAUUGCCAACCUCCUUGAGCCCUAAAUAAGGGAUGUUCUCUUUAUAAGGAAGAAUGGCCAGAACCAAUUUAGAGGGCUGCAAUACUAAAUCAGUCUGGAAACUACUGCUUAAUUGGUCCAUCUGUUUUGGUUUCCCAGACUUGGAGUUCAGGUGGACAAGAGUUAACUUAACAAACAGGCAGAUGCUCCAGCAAGUACAGGUGGCUUGCCCAGUACCUCACACUGAACAGAAAACACUGCUUUCAUGGGGCUUCUGCUGACUAGCUGCUUUGAUUUCUCACCCAGUGAAUGAGGGGGAGGGGAUAAGCAGGGAAUCGAUGAGGCGAGCCACUGUCCCCCAGUGUGCCAGCCAGGAAGGUCAUCAGCUAAAGUCCCAAUGCCUCUGCUAUAUGUAGCGUAGUACUGGCCGAAUCUUAAUUUUAAAAGGUUUUUUCCUGGUCAGGGCUCUGAUGCCUGAGAGUUGAACAAGAGUCUCUCUCACUCCAUAAGACAGGAAACAGAACUGGAGUUUGAGGGAGUAGCCCCAGUCUCCUCUUCAGCAAGUUGUCAUGGAGAUUGCCUCCAAGCCCCAGAGGCAGGAACUUCCCACAAAAGUUGGCCUCCUACACUCACCGGGCAGAGAGCAAUACAAAGAGGCCAUACGCAGCAAAUAAAGCUACGUACCAAAUAAUUGUUGCACCAAGGUGGCCAUUUUUAUUUUCUAAAAGAGGAAAAUGUGCAAGAUUUUUUUCCAGAAACAUAAAAAUACUUUGUAAUAAUCUUGCACAAUAUUUGCCUAUUAUUUAGAGACAGAGAGGCUAUCCAGGGCCAAAUGCAUAUCCCAAACAAAAUUUUUCUCCCCCCCACCCCAGUUAUGAUGGCAGCAAAAAGAGGGAAAGAAAUUAAGUAGAUAUGGAGCUAGGGUGGGCAGAGGGGUUUAAACGUCCCCACCCAGCACCCUGAUGGGGAUGCACAUCAUCCGUCCCCAGUCAUCAGAUGAAUCAUUUGAUGAGUGAGGAGGGGGUGAUAACCUCUGCCUCUCAGCUGAUGUACACAGAGCAGGUAACAAGGGAGGCUGUGAGUCUGUGUGUGUCCUGUGUGUGUAUGUGUGCCUGCCUACAUGUUUGAGAGAGUGGGGUGGCUACACCUGCCACUGGCAUGCAGCCCCUGGAGGGUUGGCUAAAGGUGAAUGUGGCCCUCAAGCCAAAAAAGAUUAGUAACUCUGGACUUAGAGGUAUAUCAUUCAGAAUAUUUGUAAACAAAAAUUUCUAAACAGAACAAAUUGCUGCUACUUAACUUACCAAAAAACGACUGAAUAACUAAACUAUUCCUGUAACUACAUUCUAUAUUUAAUUAGGAAGAAUAUAGCCAUGAGCCUAACUCUGCAAAGAGUAGCAAAAGUUUUUGCAGUGUCCCUCCCCUGCCAGUUGGCAAUCAUGCUUUAAGCUAUCAUUUUAUGUAAAAAUGUAUGUAAUAAACAGUGAUGCAAAUGUUUACUCUGAAGAAAAGUUAUGAAGAAUUUCAAUAUGACAUUCUAAAUAUUACAGUAUUUGCAUACUAUCUAAAUUUACAGUUCUGGUGUAUCAAUGUUUUAUACAAAACGUAUAUUUUAAUUCUUAGGAUUCAAUCUAGUGGGAAGGUCUCCUCUAGAAGCCUAAUUAAAGUAAAUCUGAGCUGUGUGAGAGCACAGUUGUGACCGUGCACAGUUCUCAUUCACUUCAAUGGGACAUGCCUGCUGGUUUCUGCCCUAUUCUUCUGGACCUGAACAUUCUCUACUUGAAGUAUUUUGUAUCAGUAUUAUGAUAGCCAGCUUUGGAAGUGUAUACAGGUAGCAUUGUUUUUGCCAAAUUGUUGACCUUUAAAAGGAGUAACUGAAAAUUAAUUUCAACAUUUCUGUGUUGUCAUAUGUUGUGGGAAGUGUUUUUGUUUUCUUAUAAAAGAAAAAGUCCUGCAAUGCAAUAUGAAAACUUCUAUUUUAAUAAAAUAAUUUUUAUUUUCU